AUGUUGGUUUUCUCUGCCUUCUGUUAUCUCGUCCUGGUAAUUUUUUGCAUAGAUUAACGGUAUCAACUUUUUUUUUCGAACUUUAGUUGAACUUCACCGUGGCCAGUUAUGGAGUCAAUCUUGAACUGCAACCACCUGUCCCAGGAUCAGCCAACGAAAGAUUGGGUGGAGGUGAGUUUACCUUAAAAUUCCAAAUUAAAGCUUUUUCGCGAAGGAAAAAAUUACCUGUUCGAAUAGCUUUGAAUUCAUCUACUUACAAAGUGUUGCUCGGGAAGUAAUGAAGAAUUGAAAUUUGAAUAUUUUUCAGAGAGCUUUCCAUUGAAUUUCGAAAAAAUGUAUUGGUUCAGGUUUCUUCCAUGCAUUAUUUUCUGCAAAAAUUUCUGAGCUUUGCUAUUAAAAAAUGCAACUUGUAGCUGAACAGUGCCUGAUAACUUUUUUCAUCCAAGAUGCGACGCAACCGCGUCACUUCCAGAAGUUUCUACACCGUUUCAAAGCUCCGAAAUUAUGAUUCAUAAAGAAAAUGAUAAAUAAAAAUCUUUUUUACCAGUUGUUCGAGACUACUCGCGUCGUCAAUACGAGUAUCAAUAUAGAUCAAACACAGGAAUCCAGUGUUCGUUUUUUUUUUUGAUUCAUAUAAGCUAUAAGGAUACAUUUAGCCGACAGUCGCUGUGGUCUGAACGAAAUAUUCGCGGAAUGCGUCCAAACCUGCAAUCCCACUUGCGUCGAUCCCAUGCCCUUCUGCCAGUUAGUUCGAGUUGAAAUCAUAAAUUGAAGAAGGAAGUCUUUUUUCGGCUUCAAAUUUUCUGACGUGGUACAGUGAUGAAGAACAUUUUAAUGCUACGCAUCGAAAAAAACUUUGCUACGAGGCCUGAUUAUUCAAAAUAAAAAUAACAGCAAGUGAAUCGCGUUUUUACAAUUUUCCCUGCAACUUUGUUGCUGCUGCCUUCAUUGCUAGCAAACUGAAAAAUUAACUGUAGACAGCUGUCAAUAAACUAGAACUAGCGCUUACGAAUUUAUCAGUGGAUUUUGAAAUGAAGAUCGAAAUGAGGGGUUUGUGUAACCGAGAAUCGAAACUUAAUGACCUCAGAACAGUAAAAAAUUCUUAUUCUAAAUUUUCUCUCUAAAAAUGGUCUUUUUGAAGACAGAACUGCGAUCGAGGCGGCUGUCAAUGCCUUCCCGGUUACGUCCGUCACAUGGGCCGAUGCAUUCUGAGAACCGAAUGCGCUACAAGGAACUCUUUCGCCUCCCGCAGGUCUUGUCAAUUCAAUGCGCAGUGCUUCCGCAACGAAAUCUGCGGCACUGACGGCUUUUGCGCCUUCGGUCGUUCAAGUGAGUGGGAAAACUUUGAUAUUGAAGUGAUUUGCAUGGCAGAAAACUUGACUACUUCAAAAAACGAACUAAAAAAGGAAAUUAAACUGAUCCACACUUAAAAAAGAAAAAUAUUUAGAUAAUACGCCCAGGGAUCUUCUUGAAUAUUUCUCAGAUAUAUUCUUUCCUUCGAAUAUAUUUUUGUCGCAGUCUCCGAGUGUGUUCGAACCAUCCUUGCUCCUUGGUCUUGGUCCUCCAAAAAAAAACGUCUGGUGAGAAAAAAAGAGCAGUUGUUGUGGGAGAUGCGAGGAUUCUUGGGGUUCUCGAUGGCGCUUCCCGGUGCCCUUCGAUUAAUCUGACAGCAGUUGCUCGCCUCCAGAUAUUUUUUCCGAACGCGGUCGGGACAAUUGUUCAGCGAUGAACUCGGAGUGAUUGGAAAACUUUUGAGGGAAAGUGGGAGAUUUUAACAAUAGUCAAGUUUUUUUUGAGCAAUAGCUCAAAAAGUUUGAAUAAAAUGACUGUCUUUUUGAAUUUAAAAAAAUUCAGUGUCAACAGAAUUUCUGAAUUUAAAAAAAGAUUCCAAGUUUUAUAUGGAAUAUUCAAUAAACCAUGACUUUUUUUGUAGUUUCGGCCAGUAUUUCCCGUAAUUCAUUCAUACGAAUUCAUUAUCUCUGAUAUCUGCAAACUCUGGAAAGAUAAACCUCAAAAAAGUGCCGCAAAGAAAAAAGGCCUCCGAUUUGAUUGAUUGGGAAACGGCGGCCACUGCAAGAUUGUUUUUGGCUUUGGCAGUCUGAGGUCUUUAUUUUUGUAAAACAAACAGUUUCUUAAUUGACGUUCAAGUUGUACUAUAUCUUUUUUCAAUUGGUUAGAACUGAGAAUAAAGCAAAACAUCCAAAAAAAAAAACGGGGAAUCUCGAUGUCAUCGAACAGUGCAAAGAUUUUUUGUUGAGCGCCAAAACUGCUUGAAUACUUUUGUUUUAGCCCAACAUCGCUCCCAUGGCGUCCAAAGAUGCACCAGAGACAAUGACUGUUUCGAUGGACACAUCUGCCUCGAAGGAAGGUGCUCGCCAUACUUGACGUCCAAAACCACUUUCCACGGUUCGACAACCUUCACCCGCACUUUCGAUUGA